AUUGUACUUGUACUUACAAAAGCCCACAGUAGUCAGUCAGCCUUCUUGCGGGAACGGAACCCGCUUCCGCCCCUCACCCUUCCUCUUGUCCUUUUCAAUUCGGCCCUGAGACAUGCGAAAACAGGAUAUUCGGCCCUCUACUACAACAAACAUCUCACACUGCCUACCGACUCGCCAUUUCCCGCCCCUUACCCCGUACGAAGCGAUGAUACAGGAGUCUCCUUGCCGUCCCUACCCCGGAUUCUAAACGCUGCGCCUUAUCGGCAAGCCUGCGCGUAUCGGCGCGCCGAAAUACCAAGUUCACAAGACACGGACGGGCCGCGUCGACUCGGCGAGAUGGCGGGAAUGAUGCCCGAUCAACCAUUUCCUGAAUACCAGGCCGGCCCUGAAAUAUCCCCGUCACUCGACGGCAUGUUGAAUCUCGACGUCGAGCCUAUGUUCCCAGAGUUCUGGGACAUACAAGAUACCCCACCAUUCAGCCAGGAAGGCCUCGACCAAGCGCCAUUGCCAUGGAGCGGCCCUCCGAUGGGCAUGGGCGUGGGCGCUCCCAUGCAACCCAACGUCGAGUCGUUACAGCAGCCAGCCAUGGGAACUUUGUCGGUGGCGCAACAAGAGCUGCUGCGCAGCAUCGCGAUGCCGGCUCACCUCCAAUAUCCCAGUGCACGAGAAAGCAGGAGUCCUCACUCGAGGAGUCCUCACUCGGCAACCAGCAGACGCCAAAGCGGUUCGGUGACAAUGUCAUCACCAGACCACCAGAGCCGAACGAGAAAGCGAAAGUCGUCCACGGAUGGAAAUGAGGAGGAUCACUCAGGCGACGAGACCGGCCAGCGGCCAGUUAAGAAGACGGCGCAUAAUAUGAUCGAGAAGCGGUAUCGCACGAACUUGAACGACAAGAUCUUGGCUCUACGCGACAGUGUCCCAAGUCUACGCGUUAUGACGAAGAGUGCGCGAGGAAGUGACGGGAGUACGGAGGUUGAAGAUCUCGAGGGGCUCAUACCAGCGCACAAGCUGAAUAAGGCAACCGUAUUAUCGAAAGCAACAGAAUACAUUCGACAUCUAGAAAAGCGAUCAAAGCGCCUGGCAGAAGAGAACGAGUCUAUGAAGGCCCGCGUGGCCGCAUUCGAGAAACUAUUCCUAUCUGGUUCGAUGGGCUUCAAUAUGACACCCAAUCCGACACCGCCCCCGAACAAUCAAUUCAACUUCGAACAACAAAUGGGAUUCACAGGCGGCCACGGGCCAAUGGGCGGACAAAUGCCGAACACACAAAUGCAUAGCGGACAAAUGUCGAAUCGACAACUCCCCAACGGACAACUUGCUCCAAAUGGCAACCACGGUGUUGUUGUUGGGCCUCCACAAGACUUCAGAAGAGCGCACCGCCCUCCACCAAUAAACCAGCAAGCAUAUCAAAUCCACCAAGAGCCACAACCCCUACCAAAUCGGGCGCAAGGCGGCACCAACGCAUGGGGGGGGAAUGGAGCAUACUUCGGCAAGAUAAUGGUCGGCUCCCUCGCCGGCCUAAUGGUCCUCGACAACUUCAGCGAAUCCCACUCCUCCGGCGGCCCUUCCGAACAAAGAGGCCUCUUCGCCCUCCCAACCCAACUACUCACCAACGCCGCCAAAUUCCUCAAAUCAUCCGGCGAAAUCAACAUCCUCGGCCACCACUCCUCCUCCGCCCAAACCCUCUCCUAUCUCCGCUUCCUCCUCCUCCUCGGCGCCCUCCUCUCCGUUUUCCUCCCCUCCUUCUUCCGCCGCGCACCGCCACCCUCCUCCCCAAAAUCCACCGCCAACGCAACUCUCGCCUCCCUGGCCCCCACCAUCGCCUCCCCCCUCCGCCUCCGCCGCCGCGCCUUCCUCACAGCCCUCCAAACAAUCUGGAUCCCGGCCCCAACACCCCUCCUCUCCCUCGCCGCCCUAACCCUAAAACUUACAAAACUCACCCUCCUAACCCUCGUCGGCGCGCCCGCCUACGCACUCCUCACCGGCUCCUCCUCCCCUUCAGAAACAGCUCGCAUAAAAGCUUGGUCUAUCGCCCUAGACGCCCAGCUCAUCGGAGGCGAUCCCCUUGUCUCGCGCGCAAGACUGACGCUCACUUUACUCGCUUCCGCUACCCUUCCCGCUACACCGGCGCGGCUGAUGCUGCAGGCGCUACAUAUCCGUAUCCUCUUCCACAACGCCCCUUUCCCCCUAUCACCUACCCUCGCCGCGCACCUGGCUCGAAAGAAAUGGUCCGCAGCCCGCGCCCUCCAGCUUAUCACUGAGGCCCUCCCCGCCUCCGGCACAGACGUCUCCACAGAACCGCUACCACCACACCUUCUCGCCCUCCUCGCGCAGCCCGCAAAGGCGGUCUUCUCCGACGCAGCUAUCAAAACCGCUCACGCGUUGACAUAUAACACGCCCCCCCUCCCCGCAGAAGAUCGCGCCAUCCGCUCCCCCCUCGAUGUACUAGCCGCCGCUUUCUCCACUUCCACCCUCCACACCGCGUUAGAAUCAUCGCUCCUACCUUCCUCUUCCUCCUCGCCAACACUUAGCAAACUAUUAUCCACCGCCCUCGCUACUGCGCCGCCGGGAUCAACACCGCAUCUCCGCGUCCUUACGGCUUUGGCGCUCUUCGCUUCCUCCUCUGCUGAGAGGGAGGAGAAUUUAGGACUCGCGUUAGCGGAGGCUGCGGCGCGUGAUCCGCCGCCGGAGACGGGGCCGUUGGCGCCGAAGGGACUGCUUCUUCGGACGACGAUGAGUGCAGUGGAGGGGGACGUACACCUCGCGCUCGCGUGUGCGUCUACACUCCAGCGGCUUGCGUAUCCGGUGACCAGGUUAAGGGCUUUGGUAGAUAUUGAAGGCUUAGCGCGGCCGAACUCGGUGCUAGGGUUCGCAGCGUGUUAUGCCGUACUGCGCACGCUGCAGGUUAAGGGUGGUGAGGAUGGGGCCAUUGCUGGGAAGGCGAUGGAAACACUCGCUGGAAAUCUGCGUGUUGGUAUUGGUGGUCCGGAGGGUGAGGAGGUGGAGAAGAGUGUUAGAGAGGGGGUGGUUGGGGUGUGUGUUAGUGUUGUGAGGGCUUGUGUUGUUGUUGGUGGGGGUGGGGAGGAGGAGGUGGAUGCGGGGUAUGGGAGUAUGAGUGAUGAGUGA